ACCCUAUCUCCAAAAAGAAAAAAGAAAAUGUGUGUUAACUCAUUUAGUCCUUAUAGCCAUUUAUAAGGUAAGUAUAACUUGAUGAGGAAACUCAGUUACAGAGAGGCUAAGCAAAUUGCCUAAGAUCACACAGCUGGUGCCAGGAGUCAGGAAGCUCUCAGGAUGUGAAUCCACUUGGGCCCUCUGGCUCCAGCUACUAUGCCCUAACCCUACCCACAGCUGCCUCGUGCUGGGGUCAGGGUUCAUGAACAGUCUGGGUUGGCCUGAGUUUGGAGUCAGGAAGAGAAGAAGGAAGCACCCUGAGUUUUCUUACCACCUGACUGAAAGGCUUCCAACACCUGCAAGAAAGGUGGGCACCACGGUAACUGUUUCUCGGGAGGGCAGCAGGCCCAGAGAGGCACUGGGGUUUGCCAAGGCCCCACCCCUCAAUGCCCAGCCUUGCACACACUGCCUCUGGCAUGGACACGAGGAGAAGGUAUGUGAAACCCACUUGGCCCUGGCCUGGGAGAAUGGCAGGGAGCCAAAAUGAAAGGUGGGAACAGUUCCAGGAUGAUGGUUCCAGGCUGGGAGUGAGUUUGCUGUAUGCCAGGCCGUAGUCUAAGCAUUUUUACAUUUGCAGCAACUCUGAAUUUUCUAGGUGAGGCACAGAUAGGUUAACUCUCCAAGGUCACUCAAGUAGUAAGUAGGGGAACUCUGGCUCCAUGGCUGAAGCCCAGAGACGGGUAGAGACCACUUCAGGGUCACAUAGCCACAGCCCCAGAGCUAGGAGCUGCUGGCUCCCUGCCAGCCCAGGAAGGCAAUGACACCUGACUCCUGGCCAACUGGGGGUGGAGCAGAGGUGGAGCCCGGAGACCCAGGUGGCCUCUCAGAACCAGAGCACAGGCGGCUGAGUGCAGCAGCAUGAAACCGAGCUGGGGACCGGGGCUGCUCAUCCUGGGAGUCGUGGUCCUCACAGAGGGUCUUCAGGCAGCUCAGCGUGCCUGUGGGCAGCGUGGCCCUGGCCCCCCCGACCCUCAGGAGGGCGACACAGUACCUGGCGAGUGGCCCUGGCAGGCCAGCGUGAGGAGGCAGGGAGUCCACAUCUGCAGCGGCUCCCUGGUGGCAGACGCCUGGGUCCUCACUGCUGCCCACUGCUUUGAGGAGGCAGCAGCAACAGAACUGAACUCCUGGUCGGUCGUCCUGGGUUCUGUGCAGCGUGAGGAGCUGGGCCCAGGGGCUGAGGAGGUAGGAGUGACGGCCUUGCAGCUGCCCAGGGCCUAUAACCACUACAGCCAGGGCUCAGACCUGGCCCUGCUGCAGCUCGCCCGGCCCGCAACCCACACACCCCUCUGCCUGCCCCAGCCAGCCCAUCGCUUCCCCUUUGGAACCUCUUGUUGGGCCACUGGUUGGGAUCAGGAUACCAGUGACGGUAAGUGCUGUCCCAGACUGAAGCCCAGAGGAGCAUUCUGCUCCCCCAAGGUCACACAGUGUCAGCUCCCACCUGUCCCAGCUCCUUUGCCUCCCAGAGCCCAGACUCUGCCCCCAGCCCCUUCUCUCUCACCAGCUCCCGGGACCCUGCGGAAUCUGCGCCUGCGCCUAAUCAGCCGCGCCACAUGUAACUGUCUCUACAACCGCCUGCACCAACGGCUGCUGGCCAACCCGGCCCGGCCCGGGAUGCUGUGUGGGGGUGCCCAGCCUGGGGUGCAGGGGCCCUGUCAGGGAGAUUCCGGGGGCCCUGUGCUGUGCCGAGAGCCUGAUGGACGCUGGGUUCAGGCUGGGAUCAUCAGCUUCGCGUCAAGCUGUGCCCAGGAGGACACUCCCGUGCUGCUGACCGACAUGGCUGCUCACAGCUCCUGGCUGCAGGCUCGAGCUCAGGGCGCAGCCUUCCUGGUCCAGAACCCAGAGCCCCCGGAGACAAGUGAUGAGGACAGCUGUGUAGCCUGUGGGUCUUUGAGGAGAGAAGGUCCCCAGGCAGGGGCCCCUUCCCCAUGGCCCUGGGAUGCCAGGCUGAAGCACCAGGGGAAGCUGGCCUGUGGCGGAGCCUUGGUGUCAGAGGAGGUGGUGCUGACUGCUGCCCACUGCUUCAUCGGGCGCCAGACCCCAGAGGAGUGGAGUGUAGGGUUGGGGACCAGACCAGAGGAGUGGGGCCUGAAGCAACUCAUCCUACAUGGCGCCUAUACUCACCCAGAGGGGGGCUAUGAUGUGGCCCUCCUGCUACUGGCCCAGCCAGUGACACUGGGCCCCGAUCUGCGGCCCCUCUGCCUGCCCUAUGCUGACCACCACCUGCCUGAUGGGGAACGCGGCUGGGUCCUAGGGCUGGCCCGCCAAGGAGCAGGAAUCAGCUCCCCCCAGACAGUGCCCGUAACCCUGCUGGGGCCUAGGGCCUGUAGCCGGCUACACACAGCUCCUGGGGGUGACGGUAGCCCCAUUCUGCCAGGGAUGCUGUGUUCCAGUGCAGUGGGUGAGCUGCCCCAAUGUGAGGGCCUGUCCGGGGCACCACUAGUACAUGAGGUGAGGGGCACAUGGUUCCUGGCUGGGCUACACAGCUUUGGAGAUGCCUGCCAGGGCCCUGCCAGGCCCGCGGUCUUCGCAGCACUCCCGGCCUAUGCGGACUGGGUCAGCAGUCUGGACUGGCAGGUCUACUUCGCCGAGGAGCCAGAGCCCGAGGCCGAGACUGGAAGCUGCCUGGCUAACAUGAGCCAACCAGCCAGCUGCUGACGCACAACUCUGAGAACACGGCCAGGCAGUUCUUGCCUCACCGCCCCUGUGCCUCCCCAUCCCUGACCCACGUGUGGCUCCAGGCACAGGGGCAGACCCCAAAGCCCAGGUGGCUGUGGGAAGAAACCCGCCCAGAACCAGACGCCCCCACGCCCCACCCUGCAGGACAGGGAUGCCGCCUGUGACGCUCCCACACCAGCCCUGCUGUUCCGUGCAGGCAUCCCAGCUUCCCCUACCCUUCCUCCUCUCGGACACAACCACGCCAGGCACAAGUUUUGA